AUGUCGUGCGCUCAAGUGGACCUCAGCCAGGUCCGGUACUCGCCCAUCGAGGGCACUUACUACUUUUAUGACCACAGGUACCCGUCAGCAAUCCAGUUUCUAUUAUCAGGAAGGUGGGAGUCGUGGGACGUUGGCUGGGUGAAAGACAAGGCACACGAUCCAGAAAUCAGGCGUAUCGCGGAAGAAGCAGAGACCCGUUUACUCCAUGAUGCACGCGCAUAUUAUAGGCAAUGGCCAGCUGAGGUUGCUGGCCCAUCACAGCCGUCUCCUCCUCCAGAGACAGACCAUCAAUUACGUACACCACCCCGGCAGAGUAUCGCACGUUCACAGUCCUCUCCAAGAACAGAUGUGCCAUCGCCUUCACCUGUCCCAAGUCAUGGGUCAGCUUUACAGUUCCCAAUUCCAGCGUCUCCACACGAACAUGUACCGUCCACGUCAGCGACUCGUACAGCUUCUUACUCCUCUCCAUACCGACCUCAGGCCGCACCGGUGAGCGAUCAUCGUCCACAGAUAGUGACCACGGUACCAGUUCAAGUGGUCCCUACCGGAAUUGUCGGCCCAAGUGUACAUGCUGGCUAUCAACAGUAUGCACACAACCAAUUAGGGCCUCCUUUGCAGGCAGCGACAUCGCCAGGGCUGGUGACAUCACAACAUCGAGAGACCAAGAUUUUACUUUCUAUGGACGGGGACGGGAUCCGUGGACUAUCAACCCUUCUAGUAGUUGAAUCACUUGUAAAUGCCAUCUGUGUAAAGAUUGGCCACCAGGUCAAUCCCUGUCAGAUCUUUGACCUGAUGGGGGGAAGCUCACUCGGAGGUGUAAUAGCCAUCAUGCUUGGCCGACUUCAAAUGCAAGCACAUCGAGCGAGAGAAGGGUACAAGCGGAUCGCUAGGCAGGUGUUUUUGAACAAGAGGGAUUUCUUUAUCUCUCUCGAUCCUUACGCUGCGAUAUCGAACGUGGAUGCAAUGGCGUUGGAACGGGAAAUCAAAGCAGUCGUCAAACAAGAGAUAGGUCACGAAGAUGAGCUCUUGUUUGAUGGACGCGAUAACCUGGGCGACGUUUUUGUCGCGACGACCCACAUUGAGAUCGGCACCAACAAAGCCGCACUCAUGCGUUCUUACCAGACUCGUCGCAUCACCGGUCCCGAUAUCGACGCGAACAUGACUAUCUGGCAAGCCUUGAAGGCAACAUCGGUAGCUCCUAGGUACAUGCUUCCCCAACCAGGUGCUAACCAGCGCUUGGUAAUCGCGCCUGGAUUAGUAGACCAUGGAACUGCGAAGAACAACCCCGUCCGUGACAUUCUGUACGAAUGUAGAAAGCUAUACCGUUACGCCAACGACAUGAUGAUAAUCGUGUCCAUCGGCACAGGGGUAGGGUUGAACCGAGACAGCGAGAUUGCAGAGAUGGCGAACAGUGUUGAGGAUAGGAAUGCGGAGGCGAGAGGGUGGGGCGAGAAAUUCGAGGUUGAUCACCAAGCAUUGAUGGAAAGAGGGUGGAUGAAGUACUUCAGGUUCAACGUAACGGGGCUGGAGGACGUACCGUUGGAAGAAUGGUGUCACGAGGAUAUCAUCAAGGAGAAGACGUCCGCGUAUCUAGCACAGCCGGAAGUUGGACAUAUGUUUUACGCUUGCGUGGAUGCUAUUACGGCACUCAUACUGGGGCAUCAGACCCGGCAGUAG